AUGCCUUUACCGUUUCGAGAAUCGGAACCGCGUUUACAGAAUAACAAAACCCUCGCCCUGCGUCGACUUAGCAAACUAAAGUCUCGCCUAGAGAAUGACAGUAAACAACACAGAGAUUAUACAUCCUUUAUGAACGAUCUUAUCGGAAARGGAUACGCGGAGAAAGUUCCCCAAGAAGAUGGAGACGAAGAAGACAAGGUGUGGUAUAUACCGCAUCAUGCGGUAUACAACCCUCAAAAACCCGACAAAGUUCGCGUGGUUUUUGACUGCAGCGCAAAGUAUAACGGUCAUUCUUUGAACGAACACUUGUUGCAAGGCCCAGAUAUGACUGGUAGGAGUGGUCUGGUAGGAGUCUUAUGUCGAUUCAGACAGGAACAGGUUGCAUUUUCCUGCGAUAUAGAAUCAAUGUUUCACCAAUUCAGAGUAGACGAGCACCACCGAAACUUCUUAAGAUUCCUCUGGUGGGAGGACGGAGAUACCACCAAGGAACCAGCAACGGACAGAAUGACUGUGCACCUAUUCGGUGCAGCGUCUUCCUCCGGGUGUGCCAACUACGGAUUGAAGAAAACGGCAGAUGAUUACGAGGAAGAGAUCGGUAGUGAAGSUGCCAACUUCAUUAGAAGAAAUUUCUACGUGGACGACGGGUUGAAGUCUGUAGCUAGAGAGGACGAAGCAAUAAAGCUAAUUCAAGAUAGUCAGUUGAUGUGCGCAAAGGGCGGCCUACGACUUCACAAGUUCACCUCCAACUCAAAGAGGGUAAUACAGUCAGUGUUGCCUGCGGAUAGGUCAAAGGAACUGAAGGAACUAGACCUACUUAAUGAUACGCUGCCAGUAGAACGUACUCUGGGACUUCACUGGUGCGUGGAGACAGACACUUUCCAGUUCAGGAUAAUACUUCAAGACAGACCUCUCACGCGCAGAGUAAUACUCGCUACGGUGAGUUCCGUUUAUGACCCCCUCGGGUUUGUCGCACCAGUACUGUUGGUAGGAAGACAGAUCCUCCAAGAGCUGUGCAAGGAGAAAUCUGAUUGGGACGAUCCCGUUCCUGAGACGCUGCGCGUUCGAUGGGAAGGGUGGAGGAGAGAUCUAACGACGCUGAAAGACCUCAAGAUCCAACGUUGUUACAGACCAGCAGACUUUGGAUAA